AAACAAAAAAGUUGCGAAUGAAAGUGUGCAUUUUCCGUGUUCCGCGGAGUUCCUAGUUAAUUUUUGUAAAACCGUUGCAUUUCCACUUACAAUGGUCGAUGAAGGGACUCGCCGAACCCUGAGCGGUAUUCCGCUGCUCAAGACAAAAGCAGGACCUCGCGAGAAGGAGCUAUGGGUGCAGCGCUUGAAGGAGGAAUACCAAACGCUGAUCAAGUAUGUCCAGAACAACAAGGCCAGCGAUAUGGACUGGUUCCGGCUGGAAUCGAACAAGGAAGGCACCAAAUGGUUCGGCAAGUGCUGGUACAUGCACAACCUGCUCAAGUACGAGUUCGAUGUAGAGUUCGAUAUCCCGAUCACCUACCCUACGACGGCGCCGGAAAUAGCGCUUCCCGAGCUCGAUGGCAAGACAGCAAAGAUGUACCGAGGAGGAAAGAUUUGUCUAACGGACCACUUUAAGCCACUUUGGGCUAGAAACGUGCCAAAGUUCGGCAUAGCACACGCGAUGGCCUUGGGGCUGGCACCCUGGUUAGCAGUUGAAAUCCCGGACUUAAUAGAAAAAGGUGUAAUUUCCUAUAAGGAGAAGGGAGAAACGUCUGGUUAACAUGCCUCCCAUUCCUUUCCGUUCCGUUUCCGAGCCCUUUGGCCUGAUUGUUCGUCGGUUUAUUGUUUACUCAAUUGUCUUGUAAGGAUCGAUUAAAUAUACACGGGUGCACGCAUUAA